GUGCAUGCGUUGUUGUUCGUUGAUAUAGAAUUGCGAUAUAUAUGCGAAUAGAAUUUUUGUUGAUUAUUUUUUGUUAUAAUAUAGGUACCCCUUUUUUACAUAAAGAAGAAAACGAUAUGGUGUCAGCAAUCCGCAAAGUCGCCGAGUCCUGUAAUUGAAGAGAUACAAGAAUAAAGGGGGAAAUCGUUUGUGACUCCGCUUCCAUUUGGUCCUGCAGACUUCGUCAAAACUUUGGUAAGCAUUUUAAGUUUAUCAAAGGCUUUCACAUACGAGCUCGCCAGAUAAGAAAAUUUGUUGACACAAACUUUUAUCGACUUUUCCAACACUGAUCCAAACUAUUUUCAACAAAAUAAAUAAUGUAUUACAGCUAACAAAAAAGGCCAAUAAGAGUUAUAAUGAGUGAUGCACGAGAAGAACUGACGACUAUGGAAGGCAUAGACACUAGAUUGAUUGUAUCAUUUGAUUGGCAUGAAUUUGCUUGCGGUUGCGGAGCCGCUUUUGUCAAUUUGGGAUUGACAUACCCUAUAUACAAACUCAUAUUCCGACAAAUGCUACAUGGUGUGGGAAUAGGAUCUGCCUUUGACCAGCUGCGAAAUGAAGGAAUUACUUACCUUUAUCGUGGGAUAUUCCCACCAUUAGCACAAAAAACUGUAUCGCUUUCGAUAAUGUUCGGAGUGUACGAUGGAACUCGGCGGAUGUUGGUUGAAGGGUUUCAGAUGAACAAUUAUGCAGCCAAAAUAAUAUCCGGCCUUACAGCUGGAACAUUUGAAGGUGCAUUACUGCCAUUUGAGAGGGUUCAGACGUUGUUGGCGGAUUCGAAGUUUCAUCAUCAUUUUAAAAAUACACCUGCGGCUUUUCGAUAUGUGAUUGCGAAUCAUGGGUUCCUAGAAUUGUAUAGGGGAAUGGUUCCCGUGUUGAUCCGGAAUGGGCCAUCGAAUGCGGCAUUUUUUGUAUUGCGUGAAGAGGCUAAUGCACGAAUACCUAAUGACGCUUCCUUAGCAUCCCGAACGAUGCAAGAAUUUAUUGCUGGUGCAGUAAUUGGAGCUUCCUUGAGUACAAUUUUCUAUCCAAUGAACGUUAUAAAAGUAUCAAUGCAAAGUGAAAUGGGGCACCAACGGGAAAAAAUGUGGACAGUUUGCCAAAGAAUAUACCACGAGCGUGGCGGUAGAAUAUCAUACUUUUUUCGUGGUUGUGGCUUUAACGCAUUCAGAUCGUUUAUGAGUUGGGGUGUUAUGAAUACUGCCUACGAAAAAAUUAAGGAACUGAUAACAUAAUGCAACAAAAAAACAAUAAAAGUGAUACAAUUUCGCAAGUGUAUUAUAUAGUUUAAAAUGAGAUAAAUCUUAAGGGUUAUUAUGUAAUAUCAAUGUAUUUAUGUAUUUAUUAUAGAUUUUGUUAUUUUUUAAUACAUAUAUACAUAUAAUUGCCGCAACAACAUAAAAGAAUAAUAUAACACAAUAUGUUUUGUAGAUAGAUUUAAAUCAAUAACACAAGUGUUGUGGAUUAUUCGAGUCUAGAGUUUAUAUUAAUCUAGAUUUGGAAUUGUUGCAUUUAAUGUAAUAUAAUAAUUUGUCGCUAAACCCAUUGUAGAGAAUAUUUAAUUCAAAGCCAAGAGUUCAUCAUGCUAAAAGUUUUAUUUUUUGACUCGAUAAUUUUUGUAUGAUUAUUAUGUAUAAGUUAUAAAUACAAAAGUUUAAAAUUAAAA